GCGAACAGAACUAUACAAUUUGGACGUUGCCGCACCCUGGCACGCGUGCCGUACUAAUUCGAAGACUAUUACACCGCACCAUUUUGGGCUGUUUGAACAGCUCCACGCCUUGUUCUUCUGCACGUGCCUGCAUUAUCAAGCCAACAAAGCCGUGCCUUCCUAAGUCAAACGCAAACACGUUCCUUUGUCACCGAUUAGUCAACCAAUUAGAAAAUGAGACAUCACCGCGAGUGACUAAAGUGUACCUUACAACAGGAUAGCCCGUUCCCGCGAGUGUUCUUUUUCCCAAUCAUGCUUUUGAAAAAAACUGCUGUAGUGUAGAUUGUGUUCUUUUAGAGUGGAAAAUGUUCGAUAAUUUGAUAACUCGGAUAACGAGUCCUUCUAGUAGAAGACGACACACUUAUCAUUGUCCUGAGGUGCAUUCCGAUCCUGAGGAUCACGAGCCUGUCACCCCCAGGAAGCCGAGGUUGUUGGAGAGGAGGAAGAAGGGACGCAGGGCAGUUGAGACUGGCCUGAGGCAGGCGAGGAGUUUGGGACGGUUAGACGGGCUUAAAGAGGCGGAACGACUUGCUGACUAUGGCCGACGUUUCGGCGGUUCCCAGCCUAUGCUUAAUGGUAGACGAAGAGAUCUGGAUCGAAUCCAGGACCUUUUCCCCCACGACUACCUAGGACUGCACAUAGCAGAACCAAAUUCCAUCAACCACAUGAAAACCAAAUAUGGUAGGAAAAAGUCCCUGGGAGACCUGACGGUGUUGGAAAACAACAAUCAAGGACCCUGCGGUAGGAUAUUUCUCGUGGAAGCCCCUUGUGCCAUGGCGCCGCGUCAGUUGCCCCUCAACGCCAAACCCAGACAUUUGUUUUUAUUUUCUGAUCUCUUGCUUGUGGCGAAGCCUCGAUCUGGCGGAAACUUCAAGUUAAAAGAAAGUGUAAGAGUUUCCGAAUUAUGGCUAGCUCCUUGCCCGGAGUCAGACACGGGUUUCUUGAUUGGAUGGCCUUCUCCUGCUAGGACCUACCUGGUGACCUUCUGUACUCAAGCGGCCAGAGACUCCUGGUGGUGCGAGUUGCAACAGGCUCUUUCGGCGCAGCUUAAACUCGAACCACCCAACACAAAUAUCAAAGUGGUGUACAGAGAUCCUCUAAGUGGCACAGAAUGCUCUAAAACCCUUGGAGUUGGACCAAAAAUGAGUUCCGGUGACGUAGUUAGGUUAGCGCUCAAAGAGACUAGUGUCGAUGACUGGUCUUAUACUUUAUACGCUAGGGACAGGGACAAUGCUUGUCCUUUGAUAGGUUGCGAAAGGCCCCAUUCCAUACAGUUGGCAAGACUGAGACAGUCGCUUUGUGCGGAGGAGGGAUUUGACCUGCAACAUUGCAAUAACAGGAGGACGCCUAGCGAUAUUGUGUUCGAACUCAAACCUAACAUCAAGGUCACCCCGAAAAAAACUCCUUUGAAGAUCUUCCGGAAAACCAACUGUCGACUGUUUGGAGUUCCGCUUUCAAGGUUAUGCGCGAAUUACACAUUACCUCCAGUACUUUUAGCUAUGUUAAGGGCAUUAUUUCAAAGGGGACCACACACCCAGGGCAUUUUCAGACGUUGCGCAUCGGCCAGAGGUCUCAGAGAGCUGCGGGAGAAAAUUGACGCGCAAGGUGCAGCAGUCUGUGAAGAGGUGUCAAGCGCCCCAGCAUUGUUACUGGCUGGGUUGCUUAAGGAUUUUUUACGUAGUUUACCGGAACCCUUGCUUUGUGGUAACACUCAAGAAUGGUUGAAUGUAGGGAGUAGCGGUCGUUUGGAACUCCUGAGGAGGUUGCUGAACCAGCUUCCUAGGGAGAACCACUUGCUUCUAGCUCACGUCAUAUGUGUUCUGUAUAAUAUUACCAAAAGGGCCAGAUUUAACCUCAUGUCGGCAGCCAAUCUUGGUGUUUGUGUGGGGCCAAGUUUGCUCUGGGAGUCAACCCAGAAUGCUCCUUUGAGGACGCUUCCGUCUUUGAUAGAGGUGCUGAUCACUAACUGCCAGGCGCUUUUCGGCACUCAGGUGGUGUCUUUGUUGGGAGAAGUCGCGAACGACAGUGGGGCUGAAGAAUCGGACAGUUUACAUUCUCUCGGUCUAUCCCUAGACUCUGUAGAAUUGAGCAAGGACCAGAAGUCCCUGAGCCGCGACUCUGGCCUCACUCUGUCCGAGGACGACCGGGAGAGCCCCGGCCUCAACUACCACACCCCCUCCUUCCACCGCUCCGACUGGGCCAGGCAGGCGGCUAGGAUGCGCACCCUCGACAGCACCUGGAUCGAGGAAGACGAGGCCUUCUGCGCCUCCAACGAGAGUCUGUGUUCGCCGCCCAUCCCUCCGAGGCGGCCGCCCCCGCUCAGGCACCUGCCGCCCGUUCACCUACCCCCCAUGUACAGGCCGCCGCCCCCGCCGCCGCCCACGUACGCCACCGCGAGGUUGUUGCUGGUGACGGACGCGGAGAACGAGAGUUACGUUUGAGGUUAGGUGUUAAGUGUCCGCGAUUUUUUGAAAACGCCAGGUAUUGUGUCUUAAGUAUUUUUCCCGUUUAGUUAAUUUGUAUUUUGUAUUUUUCGUUACUCGUGGGAUUUAUGUAUGAUUGGACGGGAUUUCAAUUUUUUUUUUAAAGAAGUGUGAAAUUAAUAUGUAUAUUGAGAAAUGAUGAGUUUUUCAGUAACGUAACAAAAUAUUCAAACAAGUAAUGAUUUUUUUUUUCAGUUACAAAUUAUUGUUGAAAUCCUUGAAUAUCGAAGUUUUAAAUCCUGUCCAUAUACAAAUAGGAAUUGUUUUGUUUUAAAAUACACUGAGAAAUAUAAUUUUUACUUUAGCAGUCAAAAUUAAAAUAUUUGUCAUGUUAUAUUAUUGGAACUUCCAAAAACAGCAGUGAAUUUUUGAGUGAGUGUCAAAUUUUCAAGGAAAUAUUUAUUUUUCACAAUAUUAUUCAUUUAGAUAUAAAAAAAUGUAUUUUAAGGAAAUAGAUGUUUUAUUUUCCUUUACUUUUGUGAAGUGGAAAAUCUGAAGAUUGUAGCUUUCUGACUGAAUUUUUCAAAGUAGUACAUCUUUCAGUGUAACCAACAUACAGAAUUUUAAUAUUAUUUUUUCAGGCUCUGUUCUGUAUUUUACUAGUAUGGUUAAUACCUAAUUUUAAUAUUAAAAUUGCUUAUCUAACUUGUAAAAUUUAAACUUGAUCAUAAUUAUGGACUUUUUAAUAUAAUUCCAGAUAACAAAAAAUUAUUUAACAUCAAAAGAACUAGUCCAACUAUGAUUUUGAUUUCGCAGAAAUUAUAAAACUUUAAUAAAAGUAUCAUUAUGAAUGUAAUUUU